GGCCGCCGGACUCGGCAGGGCGCCGCUCCUCCGCCCGGCCGCGGCCCGAUGGCUGCUGGCUGGACGGUGGUGGUGCUGACCUGCCAGCACCGGGACAGCGCCUUCGCCUUCCAGAGAGAGCUCGAGGCCCGCCGGGAGAGGGGCUCUCUGGGCCGGGAGACCGUCCUGCUCACCGUGGAGGACCCCAAGGCCCAGGUGGGCAGUGGCGGGGCCACCCUCAACGCCCUGCUGGUGGCGGCCGAACACCUGAGCGCUCGGGCCGGCCAUACGGUGGUCACCGCCGAUGUCUUGCAAAAGGCCAGGAUUCUCAUCCUGCACAUGGGCCGGGACUUCCUGUUCGAUGACUGCAGCCGCGCAUUUAUCUGCCUCCCACUGGAAGACCCUGCGGCCCCCACCGAGGCACUUACCUGCCAUUUGGACAGGCUUCUGGCCACCUUGACAGACCAGGUCUGCAAGGCCUCCCCGCCGGGGGUGUGGGUCUCCAGCACUGAUAUGUUUCUGACGGUCUCUACCAUGCCGGAAAUUGACUGGCAAGGGUUCCAGGGAGUAAAAGUCAUUGCAGUGCCUGCAAGUGUCUCCUAUGCCAAGCAGCAUGGCAUCUACUCUGUGGAUUCCCAGGGGGUGGUGCAAGACAUCCUCCACCGGAGCUCCGAAGAGGAGAUCCAGCGGUGCCUGGGGCCAGAUGGGAAGGUCCCCCUGGUGUGCGGGGUUGUCUUCUUCUCCUCCAGAGCAGCAGAGCAGCUCCUGGCCACCCACGUCAUCCCCCCGCUCAACGCCUGCACCUACAUGGGGCUGGACUCGGGAGCCCCCGCCCUUCAGCUGUCCCUCUUCUUCGACCUGCUCCUGUGCAUGGCCCAGGCAGUGAGCGAGGAGGCCUUCGUGGCUGGGGGCAGGGCGGGGACGUGUGGAGGAGACCUCCAGCGUUCGAGGGCAACGCAGAGCGCCCGGUCAGUGCUGUGGAAGACCCUCCGCACGGUGCCACUCACGAUGGCGUACCUCCCGGAUGGCGCCUGUGGCUACCUGACCACAUCUGCAAGUGACCACAUCUACCACCUUACUCCUCACGCGGGUGACGCCCACAGCAGUGGUUUCUGCAAGGUGGCCCAUUCCCACGUGGCUGAGCCGCAUCUGCUGGAGGAAGGCUGCUCUGUCGCCAACUGCCUGCUGGAGGGAGCAGUGGCCAUGGGGCCUGGCAGCGUCGCCCAGCACUGCCACCUGGAGGGCCCCUUACAGAUCCGUUCAGGCUGCCUCCUCACCGGGCUGGAUGUGGCCUGCUCUGUGGUCCUCCGGAGCUGCUUGCUUCAGGAUGUGGUCAUUCAGGGACACGUUAUCCGGCUGAGACACAUUAGCUGCAAAGUGUUCACUCUGAGCGGACGUCGUGAUGACUGGCAGAGUACAGCGACCGAAGAGAACGGCACCUUCUUGAACUCGCCAUGGCCAGCCCUGUACCACCGGACUGGCAUACGGAGCCAGGACCUCUGGAGCCCAGACGUCCCGCCAGAGGAGCGCUGCUUGCUGAACGCCCGCCUCUUCCCCGUGUCCCAUGCCUCUGAGCCACUGGAGCUGGGGGACCUCUUGUGGCUCUUGGGCUCUUCAGAGACCAAGCAGCUGCGGCACUGGAGGAGGUCCUGGCGCAUGUCCUGGGAGGAGAUGAGGGCAUGUCUGGACCAGGAGGCUGAGCUGGCCUCCCGCAAGGCCACCUUUUUCCUACAGGCUCAGCACAAAAUCCAGCGGGUCCUGAUGGAGCAGAGAAAUUGCAGCCUCCUGCCACUGAUCCGCUCCGCCGUCCUGGAGGGUUUUGGGGAGGCUGUGCUGGACACGCUGGACCAGGUUGCUGCCACUGCCAGGGACCUCGGAGUCGCUGCUCGAGCGCUGGCGUGUGUCGCGGACCUCCUGGGCUGCAUGGCCAGAGGAGAGGGGGGCUUGCGGAGCGGCCCCACGGCCAACCUUGCUUGGGCCGCCGCCUUCCGGCAACUGGAGAAGGGAGACAUUGCUCAGGGCGUGAAGGCGCUUGCUGUGGAGAGGAAGAAGUGGCUGAACAGGCCCGUCCUCCUGGUUCGUGCUGCCCGGCACUACGAGGGGGCUGAGCAGAUCCUCGUCCGCCAGGCCGUGAUGCUCUCCUGCCAGUUCAUCAGCCUGCAGCAGGCAUCGCUGCCUCCCCUGGGCUGCUGGGCAAGAGUGGACUGUCCCGUGAGGAUUGACCUCUCCGGGGGCUGGAGCGAUACCCCUCCAAUCGCGUACGAGCACGGGGGAGCGGUCGUGGAUGUGGCUGUCCUGGUGGAUGGCUGCAGGCCUGUUGGGGCCCAGGCACGACGCAUUGCCGAACCAGAAUUGCAGCUGAUCAGCACCAGCGGAGGUCUCGAGGGAGAGGUGGUGGUGGAGCUGGUGUGUCACAACCUGGACGAUCUGCGGGAUUACUGCCAGCCGCACAUGCCGGGAGCCUUGCUAAAAGCAGCCUUGGUUUGCACCCGAGUCGUUGACCUUCUGUCCCACAAAACCUUGCGAGAACAGCUGCAAGAGCGCUUUGGCGGGGGCUUUGAACUGCGCACCUGGUCUUGUCUGCCACAUGGCUCAGGAUUGGGGACGAGCAGCAUCCUAGCAGGUGCAGUGAUCGCAUCCCUGUACCGCGUAUCUGGACGCUCUACCAGUGUAGAGUCUCUCGUUCAUGCUGUGCUGCACUUGGAGCAAGUUUUGACCACAGGUGGCGGCUGGCAAGACCAGGUGGGUGGGCUGGUCCCAGGGCUGAAGAUUGGGCGCUCGCAGGCUCAGCUGCCGCUGAGGGUGGAAGUGGAAGAGAUCCCCCUCCCAGAAGGCUUCAUCCACAUCUUGAACCAGCACCUGCUCCUGCUGUACACAGGGAAGACCCGCCUUGCCCGCAACUUGCUCCAGGAUGUUCUAAGGAACUGGUACGCCAGGCUGCCCACCAUUGUAGAGAACGCCAGUGCCCUGGUGAGCAAUGCAGAGGAGUGUGCCCAGGCUCUCAAACAAGGUCCUUGGAAAUUUCAGCAUCCACACUGUGGAAGUGGACACAGCUGGCUUCAAGGUGGAGCUUCUGGGGGAGGACGACCAGUAGAAGCACGAAUGGGCAGCACCCCUUUCGGCUCCUUCUUCACCACGAAGUGUGCAGCAACUGCCUCCGCAGCUGCUGACCAGGGACAGCUACCAUCUAUGCUGCUGUGGGCCUUCCUUUGGCAACCCCAGCUGUGUUUCAGAUCCAUCUGUAGCAUAGAAGAAAAUCUAACUUUUUAUUGCUCCAUUUGUAGUUAUGCAAAUAAAGUUAUAUGUAGGCAGAAGCUCCCUGAAAAAGUCAAAAGCAGAGGUUGAAUCCUCUGCUGCCGAAUCUGAAGGUAAAGACCUCCACCCCCUUGCAGGAAGGGAGUCCUCAGCUGCUGCAGUGGAAGUUUCUGUUUGGUGAGCAGAAUCAGGAAAUUCAAAGGCAAAUCCAGGGAUGACAGAAAAAAAGGUUUUCUCAAAUGUAUUUCCUGGAACCUGACAAAGGUGGCGGGGUCCCCAAUCAAGCAGUGAGAUUAAGUGUUCCUGGAAACAGUUGAAAGCAGGACCGUGUACCUGUGUGAGCAGUUUUCAACACAAAUGUGCCUCCAAAGCAAACAGUGCAUUAGUUGUGAGCAUCCACAAUUAUUCAUCUGCAAUUCCAGGAUAAAGGUUGUACUGGCUGUUUUCUUAAUGGAAGAGCUAAUGAGGAUCCGGUGCAUUUCUUUGCAAAAAGGUAGCAAUACAUGGCUUGUAAUUUUGCAAGGUUGUACCUACUAGGAAGAAGGGUUGUGUAGUAAACCAAGCCCCCUUGUAGUGCAACUGCUGUAGUUCCCAUCCCAGCUGGAUGGUCAGACCAGACAUUGCAGGCAGGAGAAAAAGAAAAUUGCUCUUAUAUUAAGUUAAAAAUCCGAGGGAGGGCCUUGGACCUGGUCUGGAUUUUCUCACCUUAAAACAAAACUCAACCACCACCACCACCACCCCACUUUUGAAUCCACAUCAACAAAAGCAAUACUCUAAAUGUGGAGCUUGUUCAGAGAAGGGGCUACCAAGAUAGCAAGGAAGCUGUGGAAGAGCCAGGAGAGGUGAUGAAUGCCUUUGGUUGUCUGAUGGGUCAUCGCAAAGAGGAGGGGAAAAGCUGCUCUGGGGCAACAGAAGAGCAGGAUGGGAAUCAACAGGUUGAACUGCAGGGAGUAAGAUGCAGGUGCGAGAUCAGGAGAGAGCCCCAGAGCUGUCAGCCAUGAGGCGGUUGGUGCUCCCUUCACUGGAGGUCUUCAAACCGAGGCCAGGUGACCACCUGUCUGAAAAAUGUUAGCAGCUCCUGCAUUUAGCACAGAGACUGGUUCUGACAACCUAUGAGGUCCUUUCCAGCUUUGAUUCUGCUGUUAUUCACAGAAUCAUGAAUCCACAGAAUUAUUCUACUAUUUAUGGAAUCAGCAGGAUCUUGAAGAUCACCUAGCCCAACAUGGGAAUCCCCCACUUCAGCAUCCCUGUCAUGUUCACUGUUUCAAUGUGCCUGGUACAUCGUAACGCCUCGCAUGCCAUUUCCUUGGAGGAGGCUGACUCUCAGGAGCGGGUGGAUAUUUCCACUCUGCUGAGGUGUUAUCUCUUGGCUGCUGUAUUGGAAUGUGUUUGGGUUAGGUCAUGGAUUCAAGGUUCCUUUCCCAGGCUGAGGCUAACGGUUUCUAGCACCUGGGAAGGGGCGGUUGAAUGGCCGGGCGAGGGAGGGGCUCUCAAGUAAAGGGAUUUAGU